CAUCAAUAAAAAAAGCCGCUUUUAUAACAUGUUGUUCUGUUAACAACACCGAUAAGUCUUUCCAUCCGGGUCUUUUCCAACAAUUUUUCAGCAUGGGUCGCAUGCACAAUCCCGGGAAGGGUAUUUCCCAGUCAGCACUACCAUACAGACGUUCAGUUCCAACAUGGCUGAAACUGACAUCUGAAGAUGUUCAAGAGCAGAUUGUCAAAUUGGCUAAAAAGGGAUUAACACCCUCACAGAUAGGUGUUAUCCUGCGAGACUCCCAUGGAGUUGCCCAGGUCAGAUUUGUCACUGGCAACAAGAUCCUCCGCAUCUUGAAAGCCAAGGGUCUGUCCUCAGAAAUCCCUGAGGAUCUCUAUUACCUGAUCAAGAAGGCUGUCAGCAUCCGAAAGCAUCUAGAAAGGAACAGGAAGGACAUGGACGCCAAGUUCCGCCUGAUUCUCGUGGAGAGCAGAAUCCAUCGUCUGGGUCGCUACUACAAGACCAAGCGUGUACUGCCACCCACCUGGAAAUACGCCUCUGCCACAGCAGCUGCCAUGGUCCAGUAAUCUGCAAAUACCUUGUACAGUGAAGAAAAAAAUAAAGAGAAAAACUGUCUAAAA